AUGUCUGCCUCGAAGAUUCCUAUUAUUGACUUUUCCGGGUUCUACUCGGAAGAUUCCGCAAAGAAAUCGGAAGUCGUGACUCAAGUCCGUGAAAGCUGCUUGUACAAUGGCUUCUUCCAAAUCAUCAACCAUUCGGUGCCCUUGGGCCAUCAGCAAGCCGCCCUCAAAUCAGCCAAAAAGUUCUUUAAUCUACCGCAAAAUGACAAGGAUAAGGUUUCAAAGAACAACAAUACGUGGAAUCGAGGUUAUGAGAUGCUGCGGUCUCAGAUCCUGGAAGAGGGAACCCAGCCCGAGCUCAAAGAAGGGUUCUACAUUGGAGCAGACCUCCCUGUCGACCACCCGUACUUCGUAGAGAAGAAGCUUAACAGCGGUCCAAAUCAGUGGCCACAAGGCUUAGGUGACGACCUUGACUACUUCCGCAAUAGUACUAUGGACUAUUACAACAAGUCUUUGGAACUCGCCAGCGAUCUUCUUAGAGUCCUGGCCCUGUCGCUCGAUCUCGAGGAGAACUUUUUUGCACGUUUCAUGGAUGGAGCAGUAGCGACCAUGAGGCUCUUGCAUUACCCAUCUCAGCCCAAAGACGCAGAUGAGAAGCUCACCAGGGGAAUCGGUGCCCACACCGAUUUUGGUGCUAUCACGAUGCUUCUCCAGGAUGAGGUUGACGGAUUGCAAGUCUGGGACCAGCGAAACCAAUCAUGGAUCGAUGUUGAACCUACGACAGGCGCCCUUGUCGUCAACUUGGGAAACCUGAUGGCACGCUGGACCAAUGAAAAGUACAAAAGCAACGUCCAUCGCGUCAUUAAUAAAUCAGGAAAGGAGAGGUACUCUAUUCCGGUAUUCUUGUCGGGUAAUCCGGAUUACGUCGUUGAAUGCAUUCCGACGUGCCAGUCUGCUGGCGACCCAUCGAAAUAUGAGCCAAUCACGGUACAGGCAGCUGUCUCGGCAGCGUACGCAGAGUCAUACGGACGAGCACAACUAUACAAGCAACAGUCGGGAAAACCAAUGGACAGUGAAGUGCAGGCAAAGCCUUUAGCGAGCGCAGCUUACUGA